AGAAAUUCCCAGUAAUACUUAAUCACAGUGCUGAUUCCAUAUUUCUUUGGGGAUAAUUGAUAUGGUGAACUUCUAAACAAAAGAAAACGACAUAAGGUAAGUGUACGAAGAUCCUUCUUUCCUAAGCAAACUGUUUGAUUUUCUAAAGUCUGAACGCGUUUCAUCCCUUUAUUAUAGAGGAGGAGGAGCUGGUGAUCCUCUCUGUCAAUUGGAUUUAUAUUAUAUAUAUAUAUUUGGCGUUUUUUUGAGUUCUUGUUUUGUUAUAAUUACCUCGAGGACAGAGUUUUAAAUCUUUGGGAUUGUACUGGUUUUUAUCCUGUUGUUGUAGAUUUAUUUGGUGGAUUGCGAUUAUGGAUUCCUUCUUCGGCAAAGGGUUCAAGGGUUCUAAAUGGUAAUGAAAUCCCUCACUCAUUUGAGCUUCUUUUAUCCGUUUGGAGUUUGAGAUUAUCUGUCUUUGGGUUUUUGAUACUGAUUUUGCGUCUGUUUGGUUCGUGGGUUUAGUGCCAAGGUGGGAGUUUGGUUAUCUUUUAGGACUGGAAGAAAUUAGAUGAUCAAUCUGCUGCGAAAUUGUUUUAGAUAGUUUGGACUGCAGUUAUUGAUGCUGAUUAUUCAUGCCGUUGAUUACAGUAAAACCUUACUCAAAUUGACGAUUCCACGGAUAAAGUUAUUGAGGAAUAGGAGGGAGAUUCAGCUGAAGCAGAUGCGUAGGGAUAUUGCCAAACUCCUGGAGACUGGUCAGGAAGCUACUGCUAGAAUUCGGGUGGAGCAUAUAAUAAGAGAAGAGAAGAUGAUGGCGGCACAAGAGAUCAUUGAGCUGUUCUGUGAGCUUAUAGCUGUUCGUUUACCCAUAAUCGAAACUCAAAGGGAAUGCCCUAUAGAUUUGAAGGAAGCAAUCUCCAGUGUGUGCUUUGCAGCACCUAGAUGUGCCGAUCUACCCGAGUUAAUGCAGGUUCAGAUGCUGUUUUCUGGUAAAUAUGGUAAAGAGUUUGUGACGCGAGCAACAGAGCUCAUGCCUGAGUGCGGUGUCAAUCGACAGUUGAUAGAACUCUUAUCUGUCAGAGCUCCUACUCCAGAAGCAAAGUUGAAGCUAUUAAAGGAUAUUGCAGAAGAGCAUGAGCUUGAUUGGGAUCCUAGUGCUUCUGAAAAUGAAAUGUUGAAGCCACAUGAAGACUUAUUGAAUGGACCGACUCAUUUUGCCAGUGGAUAUAAAGUUCCCCUUCCUGAAGCAAAACAUGAAGAGGUUCCCCAAGGUGCUUCUGAACAAACCUCUGGAGAAAAGUCUGAUUCUGAUAAUGAUUUAGAAACAUGGGAGUUUCCAGAAGUUCCUAAGCAGCCACUGAAGACCAAUACUGGGGAUAUAUCUACACCAGAAAUGCUUCCGUUCCCUGCUUCUGCACUUUCUGAGCUAGAUAGUGAACCCGAAAAGUCCACUGGGGUCGAUGGUGGUCUAUCCGAGGAAUCACACUUGAAACCAGAUGAAAUAUUACAGAAAAAAUCUGUGACUGAGGAAGUUGAGUCACCAGAAAGUUCAGUUGAGGAGAAACAGUUUCUUCCUUUUAUAUCACCACCAAGAGUGUCUUCCAAAAUAGUGUCUGCCAAGCAAGAUGAUUCUUCCCCUUCGAUCCCAGCGACCAAAGGUCAAACCGAUAUAGAUUUGCAAGAGCUGUUGGCUUCUGCUCGAGCUGCUGCAGAAACUGCAGAACGAGCUGCUGCUACUGCUCGUUCUGCUGCUAGUCUUGCUGAGCUCAGGAUAAAUGAACUUUCUAAGAGGAACGAAGAGGUAUCUGGUACCAACACUGAGAAUCCUUUCCAUGCGGUUUCAGAAAAGUCCAACUCAUCUGAGAGCCCUCAUUUACACCAUCAAAGCUCCUCAAAUGACUAUCAUGGUUUAUUGAGGUCACAAAGCACUGGCCAAAAUGGUGAAGAUCAUUUUGCCCCUCAGCUGCCACACAUCCCUUCAUAUGAUGAUACAAAAUCAGACUUCGGUUCCUUCAGUUCCCAUAGCUAUGUGCCUGCUCCAGGUGCACCCAUUGGCCAAUUUCAGAGAUUGCCAUCAAUGGACGAUGAAUUUUCUUAUCCAAACUUGUUUAGUUCACAAGGUUCCCAUGCCCUUUCUCCCGCCAAUUCAUUUGCAGAUAACUCAAGAUCCACUCAUGAGUAAUGUAAUUAGAGGUCAAGGGGAUCCUAUGGUAUUAUAAUCAUGUUGCCGUCUGUAAAUUUCUGAGUUGUCUGGAGUCAUUCAAGUUCUGUUGUGACUUUUUCUUUCAUGUAUUUAUUUAUUCUGGAUAAAAUUACUAUGAAUUUGCUGCUUUGCUGGGAAUAAAAUACUACUAAAGGUGCUACAAGUUGAUACUCCUUUUCAACAAUGUUCACAAAAAAAAUGUACUGUAAGUGCCAACUUGUGAAGGAUUUUCAGUCUUAAUCGCUACUAUCCCCAGCUAAUUUGAAACCCAUGGGACUUUAGAUUAAGCAUAUAAUUUACUCUUUUGCCUCUUUCUGCCUUUCAUUGUCUUCAGUGAAACAUAAGACUACCAUGUAAUAGAAGUUGAACAAAGGUGAAAAGAGACAGUUCAAUGACGAUUAAACUGUGAGGCUGCAAGCUAUAUCGUUCUAUGAGUAAAGGGUUGCG